AUGUCAUCUGGUGGUCCACCUAAUCCUAGUAAGGGGAAAGAGAUAGCAAAGCCUAAAGCAAAAAAGGCACCAAAAAGGCCAUGCUAUCUAAUAAAAGUUCCUCCUACAAGACCAUCCACAUCCAUUCCAAUCAUUGUUGCUAACACACAUAGUGCACCGUUACAAUCGACCUCCCCGGCUGUUGCACCCAUGCCAUUACCAUCCAUAUUUGUUCCUAUUGUAGAGGCAACACCACCUCCUGUUAUGGUACCCAAACCACCUUUUGUAAUGGUACCCAUACCACCUCCUGUUAUGGUACCCACACCACCUCGUACUAUGGUGCCCACUCUACCACCUAUUACUGUACCCACACCACGCCCUCCUUUGGUACCUACAACACCUUCUAUUAUGGUACUCACACCACCUCUUAUGAUGAUGCCAAUUCCACCCCUUGUUGUGGUACCACAACCUUCUUCCUCACCCUCUUCUGUUGUUGUUAUACCUUCUCCAUCAUUAGUCCCUUCACCUAGUAUUCCCGCGUCUUCAAAUCCCACUGAUGCAGAUGCUGUUGUUGUUGACCUUCCUCCCCAUGAAUGA